AAAAAAGAGGUUUGAGAAAUUUGAAUGAAAGAGAAAGGUCUGCUGAAAAUCACUCUCUUCAACACCACCACGAACAAAACAAACAACAAUUCCGUCACUCAAAUGACAAACCCACCUGUUAAACCCAUGAACAAUCAGGACCCACCAUUUCCAAUUUCCAUUCUUCUUCGUGUCUUUCUCUAAUUUUGCAUGCCUCUGCUCUCACCGCCCACGAUUUCCAUUCUCUUUUAAUCCACACCCAUUUCUCGUUUCACGCAAUUUCAGCUUUCUUUCUCCAUGGCUUCCCCAUCUACCUCCAAUCUUGUCCUGUUUCUCCUUCUGUUUCUUGCUUACGGCUGCGCCGACGCCUCGCCGUGGGACCGGUGGGAGAGGACUAUCCGAAUGCCGACUGAGAAGGAGGAAAUGGGUGGUGCUGGUGAUCGAAAAGUGGGUACCAGAUGGGCAGUUCUUAUAGCUGGUUCUUCUGGGUUUGGGAAUUACAGGCAUCAGGCGGAUAUCUGCCAUGCUUAUCAACUGUUGAAGAAAGGAGGAUUGAAGGAUGAGAAUAUUGUGGUGUUUAUGUACGAUGACAUAGCCACAAAUGUGCUGAAUCCAAGGCCUGGAAUCAUCAUCAAUCAUCCACAAGGAGAGGAUGUUUAUGCCGGCGUUCCCAAGGAUUACACUGGGGAGCAUGUGACUGCCCAGAAUCUGUAUGCUGUGCUUCUGGGAAAUAGAACUGCUGUUGAUGGAGGGAGUGGAAAAGUUGUGGACAGCAAACCAAAUGACAGGAUUUUUGUUUACUAUUCUGAUCAUGGAGGCCCUGGAGUACUUGGCAUGCCCAACUUGCCUUUUGUCUAUGCCAUGGAUUUCAUUGAAGUUUUAAAGAAGAAACAUGCUGCUAAAGGGUACAAAGAGAUGGUGAUCUAUGUAGAAGCAUGUGAGAGUGGGAGUAUCUUCGAGGGCAUACUGCCAAAGGAUCUGAAUAUUUAUGUAACUACAGCCUCAAAUGCUCAAGAGAGUAGCUUUGGAACUUACUGUCCUGGUAUGGAACCGGCACCACCACCAGAGUACAUGACAUGCUUAGGAGACUUGUAUAGUGUGGCCUGGAUGGAAGAUAGUGAAACUCACAAUCUGAAGAGAGAAACAAUAGACCAACAAUACCGAACUGUGAAGGAAAGGACGUCAAAUCCUAAUAAUUUGAAUACAGGAUCUCAUGUAAUGGAAUAUGGAAACUCAAGCAUUAAAGCAGAGAGGCUGUACUUGUAUCAAGGAUUUGACCCGGCUUCAGUAAACUUGCCUCCUUAUAAUGGCCGGUACGAAAUGAAGAGUAUGGACGCAAUUAACCAAAGAGAUGCAGACAUCUUCUUCCUAUGGCAAAUGUACAGGAAAUUUGAAGAUGGAACAAACGAGAGAGCCCAAGUCCUCGAGGAAAUUAGAGAGACGGUGACACAUAGAACUCACUUGGAUGGAAGCAUCAGAAUGAUUGGGUUUCUUCUGUUUGGACCAGAGAAAGGUUCCAAUAUUCUUGAUGAUGUGAGAGCUUCCGGUUUGCCUCUUGUGGAUGAUUGGGAAUGUCUUAAAUCAAUGGUGAGAGUGUUGGAGAGUUAUUGUGGUUCAUUGACCCAAUAUGGUAUGAAACACAUGCGGGCAAUUGCAAACAUAUGCAACAGAGGAGUUUCAAAAGCUUCAAUGAGGGAAGCAUCAAUGGUGGCUUGCAAUGGAGGGAGUUAUGGGCUGUGGCAUCCUUCAAAUCGAGGUUACAGUGCUUGAAUAAGGACACAAAACCAUAAUCUUCGUGUACAAAAAUGUUGAAACAUUUUCAUAUUUUAUAUACUAAUAAAGCCAUAUUCUGUACCCUUAUGUUUACUAAUCAGAAAUUUACACUACUCUUACAAGUUUUGUGCAAUAUUGAUAGCUAUUCUUUAAUAUAUUUUUAACCAUUUUCUUA